CUGCAACCUCCACAGUCCCCACGCAGUAGCAGCAGCCAUGGACAGGAGUCAAUACCACAGACAAGGCGCGUCUUCAUUUUCACCGAAGAAAAGGAGUUUAUGAGAGGAAACCGCACUGAUCUGAACCUGAUUUCAUUUGUUUGUGGACUUUUCUCCAAGUGUUCGUUUAGUCUGUGCGAUCUGUGGAUAUCUGCGUGACAAAGAGAACCGUCUGCUUGGAGCUUCCCUUCAGUAUGGACAUCAGUAUAUUCAGAGUGAAGUGAUGUUAGCUUUGAGCCACUACAACUCCUCAGGCUCCCUGCUUCUCCCCCGUUUCUCCAAUGACAGUGGUGGGAGGCUGGAGGCCACGGUGGCCAUGGAAGGGCUUUCCCACCAGGAGAACUUCACCUUGGUGCAGCCUACAACCAGUGGCAUCAUAGUUGUUGUACUGUCAAUGACCCUGGGUAUUGUGUCCAACAUUGUGGCCCUGUUCAUCCUGGUUAAUGCCUAUUCCCUCCAGCGCCGGCGCUCCAAAGCCACAUUCCUUCUCUUUGCCACAUCCCUUGUGGUGACUGAUUUCAUUGGACAUUUGAUCCCUGGAGCUUUGGUUCUUAGACUUUACCUGUCUGGAGGUGUGCGACCUGAGGACUACAGCUCUUCUGAUGGCAUGUGUCAGUUCCUGGGUGGGAGUAUGGUGUUCUUUGGCUUGUGUCCGCUGUUUCUGGGCUGUGCCAUGGCCGCUGAGCGCUGUCUGGGUGUUACUAAGCCGCUGCUACAUUCAUCUCUGGUCACCACCACCCGCACGAAAGUCAGUCUCUCCAUCAUCUGGCUGGCAGCUCUGUGUGUGGCCCUGCUGCCGUGCUUCCAGCUGGGCUCUUACACCUACCAGGUCCCAGGAACCUGGUGUUUCAUAAAUGUAUUAAACAACACUGAUGAAGUUGACGUGGCAUUUGUGGUGCUGUUCUCUGGACUCGGUCUGACCUCACUGGCUGUGGCGCUGGUGUGUAACACCAUCAGUGGACUGACCCUAGUGCUGGCUCGGCUCAGGAGGCAGCCCGGCUCCCAUCACUCAGCAAAGUCCCACGACAUAGAGAUGGUGGUGCAGCUGGUGGGUAUCAUGGUCACCUCAUGCAUCUGCUGGAGUCCUCUGCUGGUGUUUGGUCUGAUGUCUGCUGUCCGCUCAUACACCGGAUCCAUUGGUGAGGAUCUAUCCAGAUAUAAAAACCUGAUGGUGAUGGCUGUGAGGCUGGCCACAUGGAACCAAAUCCUUGACCCCUGGGUGUACAUUCUGUUGCGCCGGACUGUGCUGCGCAAGAUCUACCUCAUCGCUAAGUGCCAGGCGGGACUGAGGAGUAAUGUAUUAGGUCACUGGGAGCCCACCCCUUUUCAAAGCUCAGAAAAACAUGAAGUUCAUCAAGUCUAAGCUGGGAACAAAACGUAGAUGAUGUGGCUGUACUUUAUCCCCAAGUCCUUAAACUUAAAGUACAAACAAGUUUAAGAAGGACCCUCAUUAAAUGAAGAAUACAUGGCUGCAAUGGAGCCAACUGUUUUCUGAUAUGUAGCUAAUCAUAACUGCACUCGUCCAAGUCAGGAGGUUUAAUGUUAUCAAUCUAAAAAUCAAUUUUAUAGUCAUAGUUAAAAUUGAUCUUCAGUCUAAUAAUCUGACUUAACAAGUGGAAGCUAGCGAAUGCUGUGAUUUUGCACAAAAUACCAUUCAUUUUUUAUUUUUUACUUAUAAACUCUAUUUCCAGAAAAGUUAACACAUUUACUAAAAUACAGUGGAAAACAAAAAUCUGUGAUAUGCUUAUUUCUUUUAACCUUUGUUUAACUGACAAAACUGAAAUCUCCUAAUUGUUUAUUUGUCAGUCAAAGGCUCAAGGAAAUUAAUAAUUCACAGCCUUUAUUUCUGAUCGUUCAGUUGUUCAACCUUACCUGUCUUACUGUGUGGCGUUAUGGGGAUCCACCGUCAAAACAAUAACUAAUCCAAUAAUUGUACUGCAGAAAAGAACCAUACGAAUCAUCCAUAAUGCUGAUCUUUAUGCGCACACAACUCCACUGUUUCUCAAUUUUCAUGUUAUGAAAUUCAAAGACUGGUUUUAUUACCAAUCUCUGCAAAUAAUGUUCUGAGCCAAACAAAGGUCACUCCCAGACUCUGUUCAAAAGUUCUUUUUGAUAUAGGAAAGCAGGUAUGAUUUCAGAGGUGUCUGUAUGUUUACGGUACAAAAAGCCAUUAAAUGUAUAAAAGACGUAUUUCUGUUAUAGGGAUUAAAUUAUGGAAUGACAAAAAUAUACAUUUAGAGAUGUGCAGUUCAUUAAUGGUUUUCAAAACAGUGGUUUGUAAAGAUAUUAUCGAGGGAUACAAGCAGGAAUGAUCUUUGAUGUUUUGACUGGUAGAAUAAAACUGAUUUUGAUUUGAAUGUAGGUGAGGCGUAUAUAAGCAUUUAGUUUCUGCCUCAGCCUAUUCAGUCUCAACAGAAUUAUCAACAGAAUUUCUUAUUCCCUUUUACAAAAUGCCACAGUUAGUCUGGAAAUGGGGUUUGUAUAAUAAGUGAACAUUCCUAAUUGCAUAUUUCAGAAUCUCAGACAGUCUCUCUAUUUGCAGCUGUGCCACACGGUAUUAUUUGAUUUUGUUUCUUUUUGUUUUCACCUGCUUUGGAAUCUAAAUCUUACACAACAAUUCACUCUUGUAUGUAGAGCAUGGGGGAAAAAUAGCUAUACCAGUGUAACCAAUAGAGGGAACUCAAGAGAAAAAAUAUUUUGUCACCUUCUUAAGGUAAAUGCAAAAGUCUUUUUUUUCUGGAACAAAAAAGUUAACCAGAAAUUCAGUAUUUGAUGAAGUUUUGUCAAAAAAUGACUUUUAGGUAUUAUUUUAGGUGGGUAAUGAGAGUCUGUUUGGAAUGUUAAGUAUUCAGCUGAAUGUAUUUUUAAGGAAUGUUAAUUUGUUAAUAUGUGGAAUUUCAUGUAUGUGCCCAUGUGUUCAUAUGUUACAGUACUUUAUGUAACUUAAUAUGAAAUUUUAUUACUUAAUACUUGAAUUGUACCCUCAGUUUACCGAGGAUAUGUA